AAGAUUGUGCCAAUUGUGCACAAAGAUAUAAUAAUUAUUAUUUAUUUUAUGAAUCAUUAAACAAACUAAAAAAGAUUUCAGAAGAAUUAGACAAAGAAGAAAAUGAGGAUAGGAAAACAGAAAUAAUUCAUCAAUUAAAUGAUGAAUUAAACAAAUUAGAUGUUGAAAUAAAUAAAACAGUAUUAUGUUAUGGGUGUAAAAAGAAAAAUAUAUUCAACCCAUUAUGUGAAUUACUCACCAAACUAAAUGAAUCAAAUGAAUCAAUUAAUUCAAAUCAAUUAUUUGACACAUUAAAAAUAAUAGAAGAUUGUACCAGUUGUGCACAAAGAUAUAAUUAUUAUUAUUCAUUUUAUAAGUCAUUAAAAAAGAUUUCAGAAGAAUUAGACAAGGAAGAAAAUGAAGAGACAAAAGCAGAAAUAGUCCAUAAAUUAGGUGAUGAAUUAAAUAAAUUAAAUAUUGAAAUAAAUAUAGUAAUAUGUGAUGGGUGUCAAAAGAAGAGUAUAUUCAACCCAUUAUGUGAAUUACUCACCAAACUAAAUGAAUCAAAUGAAUCAAUUAUUUCAAAUCAAUUACUUGACACAUUAAAAAUAAUAGAAGAUUGUGCCAGCUGUGUACAAAAAAAAUAUAAUCACUUUAAUUUCUUUUAUGAGUCAUUAAAUGAAUUAAAAAAGAUUUCAGAAGAAUUAAGCAAGAAAGAAAAUGAAGAUACAAAAGCAGAAAUAGUCCAUAAAUUAGAAUAUUCACAAACAAAUAACUCUGAUUUAUUUUAUGAAUUAUUAAACAAACUAAAUAAGAUCUUGGAAAGAUUAGGAAAGGAAGAGAAUGAAGAUAGGAAUGCAGAAAUAAUCCAUAAAUUAGGUAAUGAAUUAAACAAUAUACAUUACAAAAUAAAUGGAAUAAUAUUAUGUGAUA